CUAUAAGAACUUCAGAUAGGUGCAUGCGUUAUCUUCAAAGUAAUUAUAUGAAAUUGUAACAGUUGAAGGGCUCUUGAAUUUAAUAUAAAAACUUAUUUCUAUUUUACUAUUUGUGCUGUGAGAAAAGUAGUGAUAAAAAGAAAUGGCAACGACUUCUUAUAAUAACGAAGGUGUGGUUAAGAAAAAAUGUCCUUACAUGGAAAAAUGUUAUCGAAAAAAUCCAAUUCACUUUAACGAGAUGUCUCAUCCACAUUUGGAGAAACUUUUAAUAAACCAGUUGCAAGGAGAAAUAAAUGUACCUGAAAAUCUUGAUUUUGAAUGUUCUAAUCGAUCACUUUUAAUAGACCAAUUAAAAGUAUUACAAAUGGUAUUAAGAAAACAAAACAAUAACAGCAAUAGUAGCAAUCAAUCUGCUACUAAAGACCCAACAACUACAAAUAAAAAUCAGUUGAGUCAGACUUUAAAAGAAAAAGUAGAGAAACAUAAACAAACAAUGAGUCAGAGAAGGGAUAACAAGUUGAAAGAAAUGGAUGAUAAAGCAGAAGCACUUUUUAAAUCUUCCUCUGACAAUGAUGAAAGUUCCUUAGAUAUUAAUAAAAUUAAUGUAAUGAAGAAAGAAUUACAUAAUCUUAAUGUAGCAGAGGAAAAAAUUCAACAAGAUGAGUGUUCUCAGGGAAAAAAAAGACAUAGUGGUAGUUCUAGUAAUGAUCACACUGAAAACAAAAGAUCUAAGCUAAAUCAUGAUGAUAAUAUUGAACAACAUAAUCAAAGCUCAAAUAAAAUUUCAGAAAGUACUCAUAAUUCUAAUUCUUCUAAUGGCACAUCUUUAAUGGAUGCUUUUCAACAAUGUAAAUCAGCAAAAUCUAGAGAUGAACUCAGAGAGAAAGCUAUUAGAAUGAUGAAACAACAGGGUCUCAAAGUAUCAGUGGUUGAACCUGGAAACUUUGCCCUCAAGUAUGCACUUUCAGCGCCUUAUCAUCUAUUUUUUACAAGAGUACAGAAUUCAAAAGAAACAUAUGAUCAACAGUUUUCAAUAACAUUUCCUGAAAUCCUAGAUAAUAGUUUGGGAGAAAUUGUCUCCAGCUUACAAAUUAAUUUUAUGGUUGAUGUUGGGUGGUUGUGUUUACAAUAUCUGCUGGCUGGUCAGCGUACGGAUAUGUUAAUUUUAUUUGGAGAAAGGGUAGAUGAAGAAAAAGUAGGGUUGAACAUUACUAUGAGACCUGUGCAAAUGCCAACCAAGUUUGGUUGUCAUCACACCAAAGUCAUGAUUCUAAAGUACAAAGAUGAUGGUAUAAGAGUUGUAGUGUCUACUGCAAAUUUGUAUUCAGAUGACUGGGAGAACAGAACCCAAGGACUGUGGAUAUCACCACAUCUUCCACCGCUAUCAAAAUCCGCAAAUUCUGCCGAUGGAGAAUCACCAACAGGUUUCAAGAAAGAUUUCGAGCGGUACCUGCAUACCUACAGAGAACCAACUUUAACAGAAUGGAUCUCUAUUGUCCGUAGAGCGGACUUCUCAUCGGUGAAUGUAUUUUUCCUGGGUUCCGUACCAGGAAGUCACAAGAACCAGGAAGCUGAUAUGUGGGGACACAAGAAGUUAGCCGCUGUCCUUUCUAAACACGCUACAUUACCGCCGGAUGCCCCACAGUGGCCAAUUGUUGCUCAGAGCUCCAGUAUUGGGAGCUUAGGCCCCAACUAUGAAAGUUGGCUUCUAAAGGAGAUAAUACCCACAAUGUCUAGGGAGACAGCAAAGGGCCUGAAGAGUCAUCCGAAUUUUCAAUUCAUUUAUCCUUCAAUAAUGAACUAUAAAGAAAGUUUUGAUGGUCGAGUUGGAUCGUGUUGCUUACCCUAUAGCCUUCAAACACAUUCUAAGCAAACGUGGCUUGAAUCCUAUUUAUAUCAGUGGAAGGCUUCGCACACAAGAAGAGACAAAGCCAUGCCUCACAUUAAAUCGUACACGAGAUUCUCACCCGACAUGAAGAAAAUCCCGUGGUUCGUACUCAGCAGCGCUAAUUUAAGUAAAGCCGCUUGGGGUACAUUUAGAAAUUCACAGUACAUUAUGAACUGUGAAGUUGGAGUUAUAUUUAUUCCAAAAUUUAUUACUGGAUCAACAACAUUCCCGGUUCAAGAGGAAGAAGCGGGAAUACCUGUAUUUCCUAUUCCAUACGAUAUACCUCUAACAAAGUACAAAUCCGAUGAUAAACCAUUCGUUACGGAAUUCUUCAGUGGCCGUGACUAAAAGGAUGGCGCUUAAAGGCUGUACAAAGUGUACAGAAUCUAUACCAUGUUGUGUGUUCGAAAACGUAUUAUGCAACGUGUUUUGUACAAAUGAAUUUUUUUAAUAAACAGUAAGUUUUUAAAAUAGUAUUCAAUG